GAAUAACAUUAAAGAAAUGAAAAAUGGGAUGAAUAAGAGUGAAGUUUGAAAAGAAUAAUGUGCAUUUGGGAGCAAGCCAAAUCUUCGAGAGCCUUCACGAACAUCUGUGAGCUCCCAAAAAAAUCUGAAUCUUUGCGUAUACCCAUUGCUCAAGUUUCCCAAUUUCCGGUCAGGUUUUCCUCUUUCACUGAUUUGAAUUGCUUCUCACGAUACGAAAUUUCUAAAUUGCUGCCUUUUGUUCGUUGGAUAUUGCUCUAUUUUGAUUUUAUCGUUCUGAUCUCGAUCUGGGUGUCUUUGAGUUGCUUAAUUCCGAGAUAGGGCUUUGAUCAACUGAAUGUACUGUAGGAAGUUACUUAAUGACCGGUACUAAAUUGUUGUUAAUUUUCUGAUUCUGAUGGAAAAAACUAUAGUCUGUAUAUGAGCAGUAUUGAUUUAGGCAUUGUGUAAAAGGGGAAGUUUUGAAGGGCAAUUUUCAGAUGGGGAAGCCUUUAUUUUAUGAGAUUCUUGAAAAACCAGCCACAAGUGGGAUUAUAGGGAUUUGCUGUGCUAUAUGGUUUUACAUCCAGAAGAAAAACAUUGGAUAUUCACAUGUGGGGUUGAGUUAUGAAACUGCCAUGGAAGGCCACCAUUGGAGGAUCAUAACUUCAGCCUUUUCCCAUAUUAGUGUUAUUCAUCUGGUUUUCAACAUGAGUGCUCUUUGGAGUCUUGGGGCUGUAGAACAGCUUGGGCAUAUUGGCUUAGGUGUUCCUUAUUAUCUCCACUACACUCUUGUUCUGGUCAUACUCUCUGGUGUGCUAGUUUUAGGAAUGUACCAUCUCUUGAUUCAAAAGUUUAAGCUUGAAUACUUUCGACGAGUUACAGCUGUUGGAUAUUCUUGUGUGGUUUUCGGGUGGAUGACUAUACUUUCUGUGAGGCAACCGUCUUCGAAAUUGGACCUCUUUGGCUUCCUUUCACUACCCAUCAGCUUUGCACCAUUUGAAUCACUGAUCUUUACUUCCAUUAUUGUUCCACAAGCAAGUUUUCUUGGACAUCUAUCUGGAAUAAUUGUUGGAUAUGCUAUAGCUUGGGGUUUCAUCCAUGGAAUGAAUAACUUCUGGUCAUUUUGCAUGUUAGGAUGGGUUGUUCUCGUCUUUAUAUUUAGCUUGAAGAAAUCUAACACCUACGACUUUGACUUUCUGGAGAUUGAAUCUGUAACGGACCCUUCCUUGCCAUCUGUUCGAUUUCUUUCAUCUGGAAAUGGUAGAACCUUGCAGAUGAAUGCAUUGCCAACUGGAGAUGUAGAGAUUGUAUGAAGUUUUAGGAGUCAUUUGCGUACUUAAGAUGGUAAAAUUGACAGUUUGCAAUAUAGUGAAAUCCUGUUGUUUCUGCCAAAGAUAUAUUUGGUCUUUGGGAUGCCCUCAUGUUGAAGAUCUGGUCAAGCUAUCAGGAUUUUCUCUUGUUCCUCAUUUUGGUGACAGGAUUACUGGUGUGCAAUUCUUCCAUUCAUUGGGAUUGAGAAUUGCACAGGAGAUAUCAGCUGUAUGGAAGAUAAGACGGUCCAGCCAAGAAGUAAUACAUAAAUGGAUUUUGUCAAUCACAUUUGUAUCAUAGAAGCUGAAAUUUCAUCUUUGCUGAUUUUUUUUCCUCCUUUUCUUUGUAGUUUAGCCAAGUGUUUUGUGGAUUAUUGUUCAACAUUUGAAGGCACUGCCUAGCAACAAGCUCCCUAAUAUAGAGUUUGUGAUGAUUUUUAAGAGUAGGGCUUUUAAGUGAAUUAUUGUUUCAAGUGUUUGUAGUUUCUUUGAAGGUGUUUUUUUUAAGUGUUUUCAGUAUUUCUAAAUGCAUCUCUAGUCAUUAACGAAACAUGUUGAUGAAUUUGAGGUUAAA